GUCGGACUUUGAGGGAUUGUAGCCCUCGUGACAGCAUCCUUAGAGCACCCAAGGUUGGCUCCGCAGACCACCGAACCCAUUCGCUUCGCUUCUGUCUGUGAGCCUGGCAAAUCGAAGGUGUCUGCGGCCUUGAGAGCGUCAUUGUCGACCAGUUCUACGCUCUAUCAGUCAGCAGAGCCACCAUGGCUCGUGGGAAGGGCGGGUCAGCGUCGGGAUGGGAGGAUCCAGCGCACCAGAUCGGAUGGAUAGCAGCCACCAAGCCGCAACGGAACUGCAGAAAGCCACCCGCACAGCAGCAGCACAACGACCGAGUGCAGGUUGACGAGAGGCUACAGCGGCGCGGGCGGGGCUUGGCUCGAGGGGGACGACAGGAGCGUCGCAGCCCGUCACGCAGGCGACCCCGCUCCCCUCCCAAAGGCGACGCACCUCCUCGGCAGAAGAACAAGGCACCACCAAGGGAGCCCAGACGAGAUGCACCAGCAGCUGCCGCUCCGGCCCCGGCAGUACCAGUGGCAGCAGCGCAGGGGCAGGCUGCUCAAGGGACGGCAGGCAGCCCGUCAGCCGAGGCCGUAUCGUGUCAGCAGGAUGAGAUGAAGGGAUUCAUGAAGGCCUUCGACGAGUCGGGUGUCGUGGUCCCGCCGCUGGCCGAGGCGGGCGACGGGCAUGGUGAGGUCAAGGCCCAUGUGGUCGUGGUUGGGGCGGGGGUGGCGGGGCUCGCAGCUGCGGCCACGCUCAAGAAGCGAGGCUACAACGUGACCAUCCUGGAGGCGCGUGACAGGUGGGUCAGAAACAGAGAGAGGGGAGGGGAGGCAGAUGCGUGCACAGACGUGUUUUGUCAAAUGGGCGCUGUUGUGUGUGAUGUGGAUGGAUGGGUCAGGGUUGGCGGCAGGAUACAGACGCAGAGAUUCUCGAGGAAACGGGGCCUGCCAGAGACCAACGUGAGACCUGCACACACACACCUAUAGAUUGGCACGUGCUGCACCGACAUGAUGCGUGUGUGUGUGUGCCGUCCAUGCAGUACGACGUCGCCGCCAAUUGGAUGCACAUAGCCCCGGGCGACCCGCACUACCCCUGGGAUAUCGCCGCUGCGCUGGGCGUGGAGACAUCCGCUGUGCCAGGUACCCGCCGCACCGUACACACACACACACACACACACACACACGUGCCUACAGAAGAGGCCAUGGAUGGAUGGAUGGAUGGUUGCAGGAGGGAAGUGGGAGCCGACCCAGUGGACCGUCUUCCACGACGAUCUGACAGGCCAGAAGGUCGACCAGGUCCUCGUCGUUCGGUAGGCUGCCACAGACAUACAUCACUCUCACUCAAUUCCAUCUGAUCUCAUCUCCCGCUGUUUCUUCCUUUUUUGUUUUUUUUCUUUCAGAGGGCACCAGCUGUACGAGCGGACCACUGCCAUAAUGCUGGCAAUGAAGAAGGAGAAGGACCAUCCAGCGGCAGCGCCCCCAACGAUCAGUGGCCUGCCCCUCCCCGACUUCCCGCCCUCCGCCGACAGUUCCUUCGGCAGCUGGUUUGCCAUCGCCCUCGACCGUGCAGCAGAGGAGGAGCGCCAGGCGUGCCAGGACCCCCCUCAAAAGAAGCAGAAGCGUCGUAAGGGGGCGACACAGGCGGCACAGGCGGCAUCCGAGGCCGCUGACCAGGCCGAGAAGGUCGAUAAGGAGGUCGGCCUGCUGCGCCGAAUGGCAGCCAAGAUCGCACAGCGGGGGUUCGGCUACAACUGCCAGCUGGCCGACCUCGCUCUCGUGCCCUCUCUCGAGGCGCUCGCCAGCCAGCAGCAGCCCGCCCACAAGAAACCCACGCGGCCGACUGAUCGACAGCUGAAGGACCGGGCGGCGGGCGAGACCGACUACAUGCGCCGCUACAAGGCCGGCAAGGGUUACCAGCCCGUCGCCACGCCUCAGCUGUCGAUCUACGACCCGCCAGGGGUGCCGGCACCAGCGCCCAACGCGUACACCACCCUCGACCUCUUCAAAGUGUCGCCUGAGGAGGCGCAAGAGCUGAAGCGCAAGAGGGACGAUGGCGGAGAGGGGCGGGGAGGGGCAGAUGGGGGAGAGGAGGACGAGGGCGAGGAGGGCGCGCGGCAACCCCAGAGGAAGAAGCGGAAGGAGGGGGGCCACGGCAAGGGCAAGGACAGGAGGAAGAGGGCGCCAAAGAGGGCUGCCAGGGGAGCAUACGACCCCUUUAAGCGGGCCAACAUCGACCACCAGGUCAGGCACCUGAUCCACAGCCAGUCACAAUCCCUGACACACUUCCGUGCUCGCUCAUUUGUGUGUCUGUCCGUCCGUUUGUCCGUCUGUUUGUGUGGGGUGUGUUGCAGCUGACAGAGGGCGACAGGCUCUGCACAAAAGGCUACAGCUGGCUGCCCCAGUUCCUCGUCGAUUCGGCCGCCCUCCAGGACAACAUCAUCCACAAGGCCAUUGUCAACGAGGUUCGAGUAGUUGACCACGAGGACGGCAGCAGCCACGUGGAGGUGACCACAGCCGACGGGGACGUGUACAGCGCCCUGAAGGCCAUCGUCACCGUGCCGGUUGGCGUGCUCAAGGCCACCAACGACACGGACUCCCGCAUCGCCUUCGAACCGCCCCUGAGCGCCGCCAAGCAGCAGGCGUGCGAGCGGCUGGGUGGGGGCGGACACAACAAGGUGGUGCUGCGGUUUGACGAGUGCUUCUGGGACGAAGCCGAGCAGUUCAUCAACUGCACCGACCCAUCUGUGCAGUUCAUGAACCUGCACGCCUUCGACCCGGCUAAUGCCACCAACACACUGGUACGGAUGCUGGGUGGGGUGGGUGGGCACACACCACACACGCAUCCACCUCUCUAUUGUAUCUGUGUCCGUCUGAUCGUUCAGGUGGCCCACCUCUUCGGGCAGCAUGAUCUGCAGAAGGAAGAGACGGUGGACAGGGUGGUCACCCUGCUGGCCGGCAUGUAUGGCCUCCACGUCGACGACCUCCGCGAUGGGCUGGUGGACGCCGAGGUGACGAACUGGGACACUGACCCGUUCGCACUUGGCUCGUACAGCUGUCAUCGGCCCGGAGGCAGCGCGGACGACAUCGAAGAGCUGGCGACCGCCCAUCCGGAACCCGAGAGCCAGGAGGGGGUUGACACCAGGCCAGCUGUCUUCUUCGCCGGAGAGGCCACCAGGUGGCUGGGGGGAGGGCGGUGGGUGGACCGGCAGAUGCAUUUUGUUUGUCCCUGCUCUUAUGCCGGUGUGUGUGUGUGUGUGUCGUUGAUUCGUUCAGCGCUGCGGGCAACCAGUGCGUCCACGGUGCCAUGCACAGUGGAGUGCGUGCGACGACCGAGGCCCUCGCCGCCAUCCACGGCAUCUCACACCCACUGUGGGCGGCAUCGGAGGCCCUGUAGUGUGCCUGCGCUGGCACACACACCCCCAGCCAUGAUAGGGUCUGGCCGCCUGUCUGCCUAGCCUAGCAGCCUGUCCCUCGUCGACGAUUGCUGUGUUUGUUCCUUCUCUGCUUGUCUUUGCUUCAAUUGGACCUCACUAUUGCUCCUGAGCUUCCUUUGCUAUGGCCUGCCUUUCGUGUUGCUGAGGUCCUGGGCCGUUUGGCUGCUGCUGUUAUGACUAGGUUGUCGUAUCCACACCCCACACUCACUGCGCUGACUAAGAGAGAGGGAGAGGGAGAAGGAGAGGGAGAGAGAGAUUGCUGUGGUGAGGUCGUAUUUGUUGUAUUUGCUUGCUCUUAGCUGACUGAUGACUGACAGACAGGUGUGGCACGUGUGCGUGGACGUCCGUGUGUGUGAGUGUUCUUGCCCGCCUGCCUGGUCUGGAUGGAGCGAGCUGCCUAUUUGCUAUCUGUCUGUUGCCGUCUUGACCUUUGCUCUUUGCUGAACUACUUACUACUGGAUUUGGGACGGAC